AAUGUUGAGAAAUACAAUACGUCUAUUGAUUCUAUUCGGUGGAGUUGCUUUGAGCCUUGGAAUUUCCAUAACGCCCAUUGUUAGGGAAGGUUCCAGGGAUAUUGUAACAAUGCCAUUCGUUAGGGUCGGCAAUGGAUAUUAUUACUUUGAGACCAGAAAAGAAGUGAAUUGGUUUAAGGCAUUCGAAACUUGUCGUCGAAUGAAUGCCACAUUGAUAAGCUUCGAUACGAUGCAAAAAUGGAUUGAAAUUACCAAAUUUUUAGAGCUAUUUAAUGAUCAGUCUUAUUACUGGACCUCAGGUACUGACUUGGGCGAACAAUCUCGUCACGUCUGGUUUGGCAGUGGAAAUCCAAUUGGCAUUAAUGUUUGGUCUCCAGGUCAACCUGAUAAUUACCAAAACAAUGAGCACUGCGAUCAUUUGGGCUUUAAACAUUCCAAUACCUCAGAUAGGAAGGGUCUGAACGAUGGCAACUGUCUUACCAAUAUGCGCUUUAUCUGUGAGCUUCAUUUGUGAUAUGGAAAUAGGAGGUCAAAGGGUUUGAAAUGUUGUCUAAUCAAUCAAUCAAUUAUAAAGAAGUCAGAAUCAUCCUACUCAUUUUAAAGAAAUGAAUAAUUUCUAAUUAAUUGCAUUUGUAUUUGUAUUCAAAAUUAAUUAAGCGGAUCAAAUUGUCAUCGGUCUAGUUUUGAUCAAGUUAUGAAAGUUUGAAGUUGGUUCAAUUUGGCCUGCGUUUUUACAAGAAGUUAAAAGCUUAAAGACUCAAGUUAAAUUGUGAUUUUACUUUGUAGACAUAAGGAGUUGAUUUAAAAAUUUCAUUAACGAAGUUAAUAAAAUUUUAAUGCACAAUGAAUUUUGUGUGCAAUCCAUGAUCAAAAUAAAAUUCCGUUUGAAAAUCGGUUCAGUUCAGAUGGUUCAAGUUAUGAUCUAGGAACCUUAAAAGCCAAAACUUUCGUUAUUUUUUUUUUAAUAUGAAGAAUAAUUUUAUACAUACACAAAAUAGUAACUUAUUUUUGAUCAAAUGUGUUGGAGCCGUACCAGUUUAGGUUUUUGAAAAGAAAUUUAUUUCUGUAAUGGGUGCGGUUUCGGUACUUAAAAUUAAACGAUAUUAUUAUCUAAUAAUUCUGCAAAAUAUUAAUAUUGCAAUUUUGUAUUUGGAUUUUCAAUUAAAAAUCGUUCUUCACUUAUGAUUUACAUUAUUAAAAGAAAACAUGCUCAUGUA